GUGGAAGAACUCACUAAGGAAAUCCACACUAGGAAGGAGAAAGAUACAUGUAGUGUAGAAGUACAGACAGAGGACUAUGCUGCGUGGUCACAAGCAGAUUACUACUACUAUGAAAAUUACUACAAUCACACUGAUACUCAAGAUUGUGCAUCUGAACUACCAGUGCAGCACAAUCAUGGAACCAAAGGCACUGAGCAUAACUCCACAGAGGAAGCACAGACAGGUGUUGACGCUCCUUUAAGGACAGAUAGCACCAAAGCUGCUGAAGGUGGAGAAGAGGAAAAUUUCAUCCAGAAUUCACAGGAAGCAGAAGAUACUUCAGUACCAGAGGGUUCUUUAGCAGAGAGCUUGAGAGCUGCUGCAGAAGCUGCUGUUUCUCAAACUGGAUUUACAUACGAUGAAAAUACAGGAUUGUAUUAUGACCACAGCACUGGAUUCUACUACAAUGCGGAAAAUCAACUGUAUUAUGACCCAGCAACUGGAAUCUAUUACUACUGUGAUGUGGAAAGUGGCCGAUACCAGUUUCACUCAAGAGUGGAUCUGCAGUCUUACCAGACCUCUGGUACUCGGCACACCAAGGAUAAAAAAGGGAAAAAGAAGAGAAAAGAGCCAGAGUGGAGUGCUGCAGAUGAGUAUAAG